AAGCAGCGGACGUUGUCGCGUCUCUUUACUUGUUCUUGUUCUUCUUUACAUACAUGUAUUUGAGGGAUCAAGGCUAACUCCGCCUUGAACCGAAGAGCCCUUUUAGUUCGGGCUCUCCUUCCGCAACAAGGUACCCCAAUAUUUGGGAGUGGUUUCUCUAAAUUUCUAGUUCGCCAGUCUACGCGUUCUGUGAAAUUCCCUCUGCCCAGCUGAAGAAUUCCUCUGAGAGGCUGGAACAUGGCCGAGCAUCCAGUGUAGAGCUGGUUCAGGACAACUUUCGCCAUUCGCCGUGACCAGGCCCCGCGCAUAGUAGUCGGCAAGUCCUCGAUUUCUCUGCAUUCUUCCUACGCGCUCCUCGAAGUCUCUUUACUUGACCUGCACUAACUCACAUUCGACCAGCCGUACGGUUCUCUUCUCCUUGAGCGACUUUGCCGCCGCCAUCGCUGCCACAAUACUAGCGCGCCCGUCCUUACCGGUGACCGGCGCCGGCUUAUCAUCUCUAAUCAUAUCUACAAACGUCUCCAUAAUCCCCGCGUACGCGUCCUUGUACCGGUCCAUAAAGAACGAGUACGGCAAACCCGUAGCCAAGCCGUUCUCCCCGCACACCUGCACGGUAUCCGGAGCCUUGUUCUCGCUGCGAAUCACGCCCUUGCUGCCGAACACCUCGACGCGCUGGUCGUACCCGUACGCGCACCGGCGCGAGUUGUCAAUGGUACCGAAGCUGCCGUCGGACAUCUGCAGCACGGUGAUAACGGUGUCGAUGUCGCCCGCCGCCUGCGCGGCCUCCUCAAACGCGUUGCCCGUGACGUACACGCUCUCGAUCUCGGCGCCCGUGACGAAGCGCGCGAUGUCCCAGUCGUGCGACGUCAUGUCCAGGAAGAUGCCGCCCGACUGCGCGAGCGACGCAGACUGCAGGGCGGAAAUGGUGCGCGCGUGCACCUGCCCGAUGCGCCCGCACCCGAUCACGCCCACGCCGACCGUGCCGUCGGGCGAGGCGGACGCGCGCGGGACGCGGCGUGCCGGAGACGUGGGAGAGAUGCGCGAGGACGGGCGGCGGGAGGGCAGCGCGGGGGUGAAACGCGACGCGGACGGCGCGGCGGCCGGGGCAAAGGCGUUGACGAAGGCAGUCAUGUCUGAGGGUGGUGACGGUGGCGGACGGGGGGCGGAGGUGGUGGCGGAGUGGGGAGGGUGGGGUGGGGGAGGGGACGGGCGUAUGUAUGUGGAGGCGGGAGGACGUUGUUAA